CUGACACGGCGGCUCCACUGCCGCCCAUAACGUGAGAGCUAAGAAAGCAAGCCGCCACUAGACAUGACCUGGGCGCUUCGAGAGGACGUUUCACUUGUCCAAAGCUAAAAUGUACUCCGGCGCUUACAAGUUGGAGAGCGUCAAGACCAUCAAGGCUCUCUGUUCGGAUGGAACGAACGGGUGAAUCGGCACGCCGGAGGAUCAAAUAUGCCUGAACAUCUGCAGUUGGGGACUGCAUGUGCAGCUUCUCGUAUUCCCACGAGCGAUAUGCAGGCGACGACCGCAAAGUACCCAAUGCGCCGCAGUCAGCUACGCAUGAGAUAGGGCCGACAACACCCACUGGGAGAGAAAAAGAUGCAGCUCGAGACCCGUAGUGGUUGUACUUUUCCGUUUAUGGUUGCAUCUGCGAAUCCGCAAACGGGCAACCUCUUUUUCAGCUGCCUUUUUGGUUACGCUUUGGCUGCAGCCUCCUCUCGCUUGUGUAGACCCUAGCGUGAUCAUGUCCACGAGGCACCAAUGGAAAGUCUACUGUGUUGCAGUAGGGGCCUCGCAGGGGGUGGAGCAUCUAGAUUCCACGCUAGCAUAUCGAAAAGCAGCUAUGCGACUGGACCGCCCGACCCGUUACGAGCCUGUGCGCGACCCAGCAAAUAUUUUCUUUCAGGGGAGGCUACCGUAGGUGAGCUGGGGCGGCGGGCUUGGGUCAAAUGCCAUAUAUGGGCGGCGCAUCCACGAUUUGGUCUUGCGACGUCAGAUGGUCAGAGAAUCUUUUUGAUUUUUGGAGGCUCUCAUCGAUUUCGACACCUAUCGACCUUACAUUCGUUUUAUAUUUCUCUUCAAUUUUGCCCCCAUUGGGCACCUUUCUUUGUUCAAGAUGAAGCCCACCAUGGCACACUCUCUUUUGUCCAUCACGCUUCUGUCUCUGUUGGGCAAUGUCACUGCAGAUGACGUCCAGAAGCGAGACUUUGUCCCUCCUCCCACCUUGGACAAUGGCUACGCCUACCAAGGAUGCUACCUCGAUGUCGGCCGAACACUCGGCGGCGCGUCGAUCACUGACCCCAAAAUGACCAAUGCCAUGUGCGCUCAGUUCUGCUUUGGCAAGGGAUUCCCUUACGCCGGCACCGAAUACAGCACCGAAUGCUACUGCGGCACGUCGCUUGCUACCGGUGGUGUCCAGAAGCCUGCUUCCGACUGCAGUGCGUCCUGCGGCGGCAACAGUGCUGAGCCUUGCGGUGCUGGAAACCGACUUACCGUGUACAAGACCGACAAGAUUACUGGACCUUCUGAGACACAGGCUGUUGGAAACUGGCUCUCCAUGGGCUGCUACAGCGAAGGAACUGGUGGUCGCACCCUGACCUACGGUCUGCCCGGCGUUCCUGGAGCGCAGAUGACGAUUGCCAAGUGUACCUCCGGCUGUGAGGCUGCUGGCUACAAUCUUGCUGGUGCUGAAUACGGCGGCGAAUGCUACUGUGGCAAGAAGAUCAGCAACGGCGGUGCACCCGCUACAUCAGGCUGCACGAUGCCCUGCAACGGCAACAGCACGGAGCUCUGCGGUGGCCCUGGCCGCUUGAACCUCUACUACGACAAGCGGUCCUACACCACCUCGUCUGUUAUCCAGACACCCACCUCUACCGUAUCCGGUGGUCCCACGACAACUCCAUCGGUGUGUCCCGGCCAGCCUGCCAAGGUUGAUGUGUGGUCCUUUGCUGGCUGCUACACUGAAGCCGAUGGAGUCCGUGCUCUGUCGGACAAGACCUAUGCUGAUGAUGGCAUGACGCUUGAGAGCUGCGCCAGCUUCUGCAAGGGCUCCAACUACUUUGGUGUUGAGUAUGCUCGCGAGUGCUACUGUGGCAAUCAGUUCAAUGCAGGCUCUGUCAAGACUUCAGCGGCUGAGUGCAGCAUGCGAUGCGCUGGACAAGACUGCCAGUACUGCGGGGCGGGAGGACGCCUCUCAGUAUACUCCCUGCAGGCUGUCGAUCCAAACUCCACUGUUACGACACCGUCUUCCACACCCACUUCGUCCAGCGCACCCAGCGCUACAGCCUUGCCUCAGGGGUGGGCUGCCUACGGCUGCUGGGUCGAUGGUGUGAAUGGCCGCAUUCUUAACAAGCAGCUCCCCGACAGCCAGACCCUCACCCUUGAAUCUUGUGCCCAAGGCUGCGCUAGUCAAGGCUAUACCAUUGCUGGUGCUGAAUACUCUACCCAGUGCUUCUGUGGUAACAACAUUGUCAACGGUGGUAAAAAGGCCGCGGCUGACACUGAGUGCAACACUCCCUGCAAAGGAAACUCCAAGGAAUUCUGCGGCGGCGGCGGCAGAAUGAGCAUCAUGUCGCUGGGCGAGCCCCAGGUGCUUCAGCCACCAGCUCCCCUUCCUACUGUUGGUAACUGGACCUACCAGGGCUGCUACCAAGAUGUCAACGUCGAUGGCCACCACACCUUCUUCUGGCAAAUCACCAACUUUGUCAACAUGACCCCCAAGAUGUGCUUGGACCAGUGUGCUCUCUACGGCUACAUGGCCGGUGGUCUCGAGUACGGCAAGGAAUGCUACUGUGGUGACCCCCAGAACCUCGUCACCGCUGGCUCCCAGAAGCUCGAUGACAAGCAGUGUGAUGUUCCUUGCGCUGGUGACGGCUCUGCCUACUGCGGUGGUGGCUCCAAGUUUAGCACAUACUUUUGGACCGGCAAGCCUUUCUACAGCUGGGACAUUCCUGCUGCUGGUACUCCCGAGGCCGGUUCAUAUGACUUCCUCAUUGGUGGUGUCGUUGUCCCUCUCAUGACUACUCAAUCUAUUACUGGCAAGGUUACCUUCUUGGAGAAAUGGGGUACUGGACCCCCCAACUCUACUGGUGCUUACGAACUGGAUCUUUCUGUUCUCAACGACUUCGGUGCUGCCUGGAAGGAGAUGCACGUCAAGACUGACAUCUUCUGCGCUGGUGGUGUUACCCUCCCCGACAAGGCUGGCCGUCAGCUCAUCAUUGGUGGCUGGUCUGGUGAUUCUACCUACGGUGUUCGUCUCUACUCCCCCGAUGGUAGCCCCGGUGUCAAGGGUAAGAACGAUUGGGAGGAGAACGUCAAGUACCUCAGCCUCCAGGCCGGCCGCUGGUACCCCAGCGCCAUGGUCAUGGCCAACGGUUCCGUCAUGGUUAUUGGUGGUGAAGAGGGAUCUAACGGCAAGGCUGUUCCCUCUAUCGAGAUUCUUCCUCCCACCGGCACUGCCCCUCUUCACAUGGACUGGCUUGAGCGCACCAACCCGAACAACCUGUACCCCUUCACUGCCGUCUUGCCUUCUGGUGGCAUCUUUGUUGCGUACUGGAAUGAAGCCCGCAUUUUGGACGAGAACACCUUUGACACUAUCAAGGUUCUGCCCAACAUGCCCGGUGCUGUCAACGACCCCAAAGGUGGACGUUCUUACCCUCUUGAAGGCGCUUCUGUCCUUCUUCCCCAGUACGCUCCUUACACCGACCCUCUUAGAAUCUUGAUUUGCGGUGGUUCGACUGAGGGCCCUGCUAACGCUCUUGACAACUGUGUUUCCACCACCCCCGAUGUCCCUGGCGCCACAUGGGAUCUUGAGCGUAUGCCUUCUUUCCGUGUCAUGUCUUGCAUGGCUCCUCUUCCUGACGGUACCUACCUUAUUGCCAACGGUGCUCAGCAUGGUGUUGCCGGUUUCGGAUUAGGCGAGAACCCCAACUUGAACGCUCUUCUCUACGACCCUACCAAGCCUCUUGGCAGCCGUAUCACCAUCAUGGCCAACACCACUGUCGCCAGACUCUACCACUCUGAGGCUAUUACCCUGCUCGAUGGCCGCGUCCUCAUCACCGGCUCUGAUCCUCAGGAUGGCAAGCACCCCGAGGAGUACAGAAUUGAGACCUUCACUCCCCCCUACCUCCUCAAGGGCAAGCCUCGUCCCACUUUCACCAUCACCAACAAGGAUUGGACCUACGGUCAACAGAUCAGCUUCAACCUGGGCUCUGCCCCCAAGAACGGCGACAUCAAGGUCUCUCUCCUGGGUUCCGUCACCAGCACCCAUGGUAACUCCAUGGGAGCUCGUACUCUGUUCCCUGCUGUUUCUUGCGCCGGCACCAGCUGCACUGUUACCGCUCCUCCUGGCAAGUACAUUGCUCCUCCUGGUUGGUACCAGUUCUUUGUCCUCGACGGUGGUAUCCCUGCCGUCGGUGUUUACGUCCGCAUUGGUGGUGACCCUGCCAAGGUUGGUAACUGGCCUCAGGGUGGCGGUUUCACCAACCCCGGUGUUUAAGUUUUAGCGGAAGAGUUUUGGUAUAUAGACUUGACUUCUACAAAAUAGAAGCGUUUUAGUCGAUCGCUAGCACGUGGAUGAAAAUGGGAAAUUGUACAUUUUUAAUUAAAUUUAUUAGUUAAUAUAACCUCAAUCCAAGAUAUUUUGAGCAU